UUCUGCAAUAAAUAGCACUGGAAUUAAUUGACCAGUCAGUUUACAAAAUGUCGCUUACUCAGUGGUUGAAAACGGGCUCUGUUAAGACCCGUACACCAGUUACUCCAGGUUUACCUGACCCAGCUGAGUGCAUUUCUACACAAGAUGCUUUGAUUGUUCAGACAGCAAAUGAUGCAGUUGAUACAGUUGUAUCUGCACCUUCACGCAAAAGAAAGAGAGGCGACUACAUCAAUUACGACGAAGAGACUCGUGCUAAGAUUGCACGGUAUGCAGUAGACAAUGGGGUAGCACGUGCUUCGAGAAAGUUUACCUCAGACCUUGGCAGAAAAGUCAGUGAAACUACAAUCCGUAGUAUGAGAGACACCUACGUCAAAUUAAAGAAGAAAGUUGGUACAGAACUUGCCACACUACCACAUUCCCCUCGCGUGAAUCCCUUACUCCUUGGUGAUCUAGACACAAAAGUACAGGAUUGGAUCCGUAAAGUUCGCAUCAACGGCGGUGUCAUCAACGCAAGGAUCGUCAUGGCCGCUGCAGAAGCAAUUGUCACCAAAUUUGCUCAUCAUCGUCUAGAACGUUACGGUGGUCACAUCACAAUUACAAACACCUUCGCCACGUCACUACUCCGUCGCAUGCGAAUUGUAAAACGCAAAGGGACCAAAGCAGUAAAACACCUACCCAAUGAUUUCGACGACAUUCGCCAGGAGUACAUCUCUAAAAUCAACAAUGUCCGAGAAAAACACAACAUCCCAGACACUCUGAUCAUCAACUGGGAACAGACAGGUUGUCAGCUUGUACCAGGCGGCGACUGGACCAUGGAGAAAAAAGGUACGCAACAGAUCAGCAUUUCAGGCUUAGACGACAAACGCCAGAUUACCCUUCUUCUUGCAGUCAGCAUGAGUGGCGAUCUUCUCCCACCACAACUCAUCUACCCAGGAAAAACUGACCGUUGUUUACCAAAGGGAGUCGACUUUCCGUCAACCUGGGAUGUCAUCUGCACAGAGACACACUGGAGCAACGAGGACACUAUGAUGCAGUUCGUCAACAAAGUCAUAGUACCGUAUGUUGAUGAAAUCAGAGACUCUAUGCCACUCAACAACUCAACAACACAGAAAGCUAUCGCCAUCUUCGACGUCUUUAAGGCACACCGUGGUGAGAGACUGCUUAAUCUACUUAAAGACAACGACAUCGUUCCUCUGUUUGUUCCAGCGUGUACUGAUCGACUUCAACCACUAGAUCUCUCAGUCAACAGAGAGUAUAAAGAACAGCUGAAAUCCUAUUUUCACGACUGGUAUUCAGCAGAGGUCAUCCACCAGAUCAACGAACAAGAAGACAGUACUGGGGAAAUUGCACCUGACAACGUUGUAGUCAACAUGAGAACCUCCGUCCUUAAGCCAAUACACGCCAAUUUGAUAGUGUCAUCACACAACAAGAUGUCAACCCGUAAGGACCUAAUUCAGCUAGGUUUCCGCAAGGCCGGUUUAUUAUGA